AUGGCGUUGUACGUGUCGCCGGGGUUUACGCGAGCGGCGGACGCGCACCUGCGGCUGGCCCUCAUGUUCAAGGCGCGGAGGCACUGGGGCGCCGCUGCCAUACACUUCCGAAGAGCCAAGCUAGCCCCACACCAGGACGCCACAUUCACCAGGUUGGAAAUGAGCUUCCACGCUGCACAUUUACUGGAGGCCAGAGGGCUCAAGAAGGCGGCGAGGGACGCCUACCAGCGACUGCUGAAAGAGCCGCACCUUACGACUAGUCUGAAGGCGGACGUCUGUCGACAAUUAGGGUGGUUGUAUCACCGGUGCGCGUCAUUGGAAGAGGCUGCAGCAAGAGGCCGUGCUGCAGUAUGGUGCCUUCAGCGAGCUGUUGUAGCGGAACCCGAUUCUGGUGCUGGACUUUACCUUCUAGGGCGAUGUUUUGCUGCGCAAGGGAAAGUUCACGAUGCAUUCAUCGCCUACCGCAACUCUGUUGAAAAGUCUGAAGGCAACGCAGACACGUGGUGCUCCAUUGGGGUGCUAUACCAGCAACAGAACCAGCCUAUGGACGCGCUUCAAGCUUACAUUUGCGCCGUACAACUGGAUAAAGGGCACUCAGCUGCUUGGACUAACCUUGGAAGUUUGUACGAAAGCUGUCAAAUGCCACGUGAUGCCUUCGCCUGCUAUACUAAUGGUGGGACGGCCGCUACAGCCUCCAGUGCUGCACUAAGACAUCGUCUUGCCGCAUUAAGAGCUCACCUCGCGCACGCGCCUAUGCCUUCUGUGACUGGCAAACGCCGCCCCCUGCCAUCUAUAGAGGAAGCGUGGAAUCUUCCAAUAUCGGCUGAAAUGUCAUCUCGCGCGCCCAAAUCAGCUCCACCCCCCUACCCUGGAAAGCGUAGCAGUAGCGGAAGCAGUAGCGCAGUUGAAGAGGCGCCGCCACUUACGCCGCACCAGCUGCAAACGCUACAACACCUGCAGAGGAACUCGCAUAAUCUGUCUCCGCACCAACAAGCCAUGAUGCAACAGUUAUUAUCUCAGUACCGGUUAUCGCAAGCGGCGAGAGCGCGGACGGUUGCGAAAAGUGAAACGAGCGGUAGCAGCGACAACGCGGAGUCGCUGGCCGAAGAUUUGUUGAAGAAGUUUGCGGACGCACAGCCAGAUGUCAAGAAGGAGACUAUCACAGAAGGCGUAACCGGCGAGGCAGUUCUGGGAGGACGGCAGGCCGUCGUGAAGUUGGAGCCGCUGAAGACUGACCCCCUUAAGCCACUCAGUUUUAACAUGAAUAUGACUUCCAAGCAGAUACUUGACGCUUGCAAGGAUAACGCGGGACCUGCGUCUUCAUGGUCCGUGCUGGGCGACGGUUGCGCCCCCCCGGAGCCUCCCCCCGUGCCCCCUCCGCGUCUCAGCCCCGAGCAACUGGCACCGCCCGCUCCUUUCGUCUACGUGGAGUCAAAGAGAGACGCCUUCUCGCCGCAGCUGCAAGACUUCUGCUUGAAGCACCCGAUAGCCGUGGUGCGCGGUCUCACGGCCGCGUUGAAGCUCGACCUAGGCCUCUUCUCGACCAAGACGCUGGUCGAGGCGUGGCCCGACCACGCCGUGGAGGUCCGAACUCAGCUAAUGCAGUCCGCCGACGAGAACUGGGAUCCCAGCGGAAGGCGGCGCGUGUGGGCUUGCGCUUCGCACCGUUCACACACCACAGUGCGGAAAUACGCGCAGUACCAGGCCGGCUCCUUCCAAGACUCGCUGCGGGAGGAGCGCGAACGGGGAGGAGGGGCCCUCGCCGCCGGCGCCCUUUCGGACUCCGACGGCCGCGAGUCGGGACCCGUGAAGAGGCGCCGCGGGGCGCGCAUGCUCCGGUUCGGGACCAACGUCGACCUCUCCGACGAGCGCAAGUGGCGGCCCCAGCUGGCCGAGCUGCAGAAGCUGCCGGCUUUCGCGCGCGUCACAUCGGCCGCCAACAUGCUGUCGCACGUCGGUCACGUGAUCCUCGGCAUGAACACGGUGCAGCUGUACAUGAAGGUGCCCGGCUCGCGCACGCCCGGCCACCAGGAGAACAACAACUUCUGCUCCAUCAACAUCAACAUCGGGCCCGGCGACUGCGAGUGGUUCGGCGUGCCCGACGCGUACUGGGGCGGCGUCAAGGAGCUGUGCGACCGCCACGGGCUGUCGUACCUGCACGGCUCGUGGUGGCCGGACCCCGAGGAGCUGCGCGCGCACGGCGUCCCCGUGUACCGCUUCACGCAGAGGCCCGGCGACCUCGUGUGGGUGAACGCGGGCUGCGUGCACUGGGUGCAAGCCACCGGCUGGUGCAACAACAUCGCCUGGAACGUCGGCCCUCUGACGGCGCGUCAGUACGCGCUGGCGCUCGAGCGCUACGAGUGGAACAAGGUGCAGAGCUUCAAGUCCAUUGUCCCCAUGGUGCACCUGACGUGGAACCUGGCGCGCAACAUCCGCGUGUCCGACCCGCGCCUCCACCGCGCGAUGCGCACCUGCCUCAUGCAGACGCUCCGGGCGGCGGCCGGCACUCUGGGCGCCGUCCGAGCGCGCGCCGUGCCCGUGCGUUUUCACGGGCGGGCGAGGGGCGAAGCGUCGCACUACUGCGGCGCCUGCGAACGCGAGGUCUGGCACGCGCUGCUCGUGCGCGAGCACGAAAAGAGGCACGUGGUGCACUGCCUGCCCUGCGCGCGCCGGGCGAGUCCCGCGCUGCAGGGUUUCCUGUGCCUCGAGGAGCACCACAUGGAGGAGCUGUUGCAGGUGUACGACGCUUUCACGCUGCAUCGUCCUCCGCCGCCCAACUCGCACGCGGCGCCGCCCGCCCUGCCCGCCUUGCCGGCGACGCCCGACUGA